AUGAAGAAACCUGGGAAGGAAAAGCCUGCACGAAUGGUACAAUCUCCACCAAAGAAGACAACUGUCCAACGUUUGUACGACCCACCCGAGUCUUCAGGCCGUACUGAGUGCGAGGAAACGCAGAAAUCUGGUAUGUAUGUCAGUAUCUGUGUUGUCGAUUGUGUAAGCUUUGUGCAACAAUCAACGUGUGAGAGUAAUAUUGAUUCUUUUCAUUACAUGCAGUAGUCUUGUAUUUUGUGAUUAAUCAACAGAAUUGAGUGAUUUGCUUUCUUCCAUAUUGAAAGUGACAACUGAAGUUGAUUGCAAAUUAAUUAGUUCAUUAAAACUAUAGUUCCAACUAUCAACAAUGGAUGUAUAAACAUUUAGGCAUAUUGCGCAAUGACAAUGUGACUUUAGCCGUUGCUUUUUGCUUUGUUUCUGCUUUUGUACUGCUAAGAAUGGACAAUUAACAGGCGAAAAGUCUUCCAACCAUAACUGAAAUUUUUUGCUGUUAUUAUACUUGGUCAUGAAAAUGGUCAUAAAGAUCAAGUCACAGUCUUUCUCAACAGCCGAAAUACAUGAUAAUAUAUAGAGAAUAUCUAUGCUUUAAAAUGUGGUUUACAGGUAAUGAGAAAGAUUGUAACUUUAUCUUUUAUGAUCGUUACAACCAUAUAUACGGAAACCAUAGAUAUCUUGCUUAAAACUGUUGCAUGCAACAUGCUUGCAACUUGAAUUGUACUUGAAUUGGAGAUGUGUUUAGCUGCAUGAUCAGAUUAAAACAUAUCAAAAUGCCUAACUUAAGAGAUAUGGGAUGUUUCAAUUAAUAUUAACUGCAACUGUUAAUCCAUUGGGGCUGGUUAUAGGCAAGCCAACCUGAGUACCCAAGCUGGCCUGGUUUAGGCAAAAUGUCAUUAUUAUUUCCCAAUGAAACCGGUGGUUUGUUUUGGUGAGCCGGGCCACUCCGCCUUGAAAGUCUCCUGCGUAUAAACACAUGAGUCAUAGCAUAGCGGGCUACCUCUGAAAUUACCCGGGCUAGCUUGAUCGCUUUCAUAUAAACAGCCCCCAUGCAAAUGACUGUAUUUUUCUCAAUUUUUAGAAUCCAACCCUAUACCCAUACAAUCAAUUGGAAAUCUUCUUGGGACUAUCAGCCAAACACCUGAGGCAGAUAUUUUCAAGGCUAAUUUUGGUAACUAAGUUAUUCUAUUUUUCUUUUUAAUGUUUAAUUGUGAGCUCAGCCUUAUAUAACCAAUGUAUUUGGGGUUAUUCUUUAUCAACCUCGUACCCAGGUUCUCAAUCUUUGCUCCUACCUUGCUUGAAUUGAGACCCUGACCAGUAUUGGCUGGUCACGUGACCCAUCAUAUUUUGGCGGAUUUGCUCAAUUGUUUGAGGGAAAGUAUAGUAUACAAGUAGAUAUUGUAGUAAACAUUAAUAUUGUUAAAAUAACAUUACAAAAGAAAACAUAUCAGUUACUAUCCUUUCCCUAAAAACAAAUUAGCAAAUCCACCAAAAUAUGACAGGUCACAUGACCAGCCGAUACCAGAGUUUCAAUUCAAGCGUGAUAGGAGCGAAAGAUAUAGAACCUAAUAGUUACGGGAACCACUGAGUAUUUUUAUAAAAUACAAAAGGACAGUAACUCCAAAUAACAUUUUGUUGCUUUAAUGAAUCUACGUUUCGACUAUAUUUUAGUCAUCGUCAGGACAGAUUAGUGUAAUGUUACAAAUACUGAUACAUAUAUAUAUAUAUAUAUAUAUAUAUAUAUAUAUAUAUAUAUAUAUAUAUAUAUAUAUAUAUAUAUAUAUAUAUAUAUAUAUAUAUAUAUCAGUAUUUGUGACAUUACACUAAUCUGUCCUGAUGAGUCGAAACGUAGAUUCAUUAAAGCUACAAAAUGUUAUUUGGAAUUACUGUCCUUUUGUAUUAUAUAGAACCUGGAUACGAGGUUGAAUUUAUGUGUUUGAAUUACUAAAAAAUGUUAGUGUUGGUGCAUGGUGCAGUGGUUUGUCAUUCAGGCCUUAAAAUAUCAGUCAGUUACGGACACUGUCCAACCCAUUCAUGAAAUUCUCUGACGUAGAGAGGAAACCAAAUGAUGGACAUUCUGUCUGACCUACAUGAAACUGAGGUUUGACCUACAUGAAAUUGAGCUUUAUUCUUUGUUUGGCCCGACCUAACUGUAACCUUUUUCAACGUAAAUCAAAAUGUACCCUAGUCCAGGACUAGAGGCUCAUAUGUUAAAUGGAGAAUCCGAGUAAUGUAUAAAAAGUGAACUGCAGAUGUGUAUAUAUAUACAGUAAGUGCAGGAUUUUCACCUUAGGAAAUUCAUUGCGAAGAUUCAAAUGACUUUUCCAAAUUCUGUUGAUAUUAAUGAUAUUUAUUUCCAACCAAACUGCAUGAACCCAAAGUCAUCAGGCAUCCAUCAGACAUCACAAUACAUAUAUCUGACUCAAAGUCAUCAGACAUCCAUCAGACAUCACAAUACAUAUGUCUGACCCAAACAUCACAAUACAUAUGUCUGACUCAAAGUCAUCAGACAUCCAUCAGACAUCACAAUACAUAUAUCUGACUCAAAGUCAUCAGACAUCACAAUACAUAUAUCUGACUCAAAGUCAUCAGACAUCACAAUACAUAUAUCUGACUCAAAGUCAUCAGACAUCCAUCAGACAUCACAAUACAUAUGUCUGACCCAAAGUCAUCAGACAUCACAAUACAUAUGUCUGACUCAAAGUCAUCAGGCAUCCAUCAGACAUCACAAUACAUAUAUCUGACUCAAAGUCAUCAGCAUCCAUCAGCAAUACAUAUUCGCCACCAAAACGACUCAAAGUCAUCAGCAUCCAUCAGACAUCACAAUACAUAUUCUGAAUAUUCUGACUCAAAGUCAUCAGACAUCACAAUACAUAUGUCUGACUCAAAGUCAUCAGCAUCAUCAGACAUCACAAUACAUAUAUCUGACUCAAAGUCAUCAGACAUCCAUCAGACAUCACAAUACAUAUGUCUGACUCAAAGUCAUCAGACAUCCAUCAGACAUCACAAUACAUAUGUCUGACUCAAAGUCAUCAGACAUCACAAUACAUAUAUCUGACUCAAAGUCAUCAGACAUCACAAUACAUAUGUCUGACUCAAAGUCAUCAGACAUCACAAUACAUAUGUCUGACUCAAAGUCAUCAGACAUCACAAUACAUAUGUCUGACUCAAAGUCAUUGAACAUUUUGUCAGACGGUUGUCUGACCGAUAUUUUAAGGACUGGUCAUUACAUGCACUUUUCAACUCUAUUGAGUUGAAUUCUAGUAAUAAGCAGUUGUCUGAUUAAAUGCUUUGAUAUGUGAUUUGGCUCGAUCUUUCACAUUCUACACUGAACUGAUAAUAAUGAUUUGGAUCGAUAAGAGAUGACCUUUACUGCAUGGACCUCUAGGGAGAACAGUUUAGAACUGAUAGAACUAUCCAUCAAACUGGACCUCUAGGAAGAACUGUUUCGAAUUGAUAGAGCUAUCCAGUAUAAAGAAAGUUAGUUUAAUUAGGUUUCCUCCUGUAGUAACACUGGAUCAAUAAGAGAUGAUCCUUACUGGACUUCUAGGAAGAACUGUUCAGAACUGAUAGACAAGCUAUAUCCAGUAUAAAUAAAGUUAGUUUAAUUUAGGUUUCCUCUUGUAGUAACACUAUAGAUCAAUAAGAGAUGAUCCUUACUGGACCUCUAGGAAGAACUGUUUCGAAUUGAUAGAGCUAUCCAGUAUAAAGAAAGUUAGUUUAAUUUAGAUUUCCUCCUGUAGUAACACUGGAUCAAUAAGAGAUGAUCCUUACUGGACCUCUAGGAAGAACUGUUUAGAACUGAUAGACGAGCUAUAUCCAGUAUAAAUAAAGUUAGUUUAAUUUAGGUUUCCUCCUGUAGUAACACCAUGCAGAUCAAUACAAGAUGAUAUUGCUGGACCUUGUAAAAAUAGUGAAUGUGUGUAUUCAGAGAAGUUUGAUCUCGGGAGAAAUGACAUAGACAAACAUGCUGAGUGGUAUAAACAUAUGUUUGAUGAAAAUGACCUCAAAGAUAAUCUGGAAGUCAAAGUCAGUGAUAAAGAUGGGAAUGUCCUGUGGUGUAUUGAUUUGAAUGAAAUACUCUGUGUAAGUGUCAAGAUCGACUACCAUGAAUUAAACUAACUUUAUUUAUACUGGAUAGCUCUAUCAGUUCUAAACUGUUUUUUCUAGAAGUCCAGUAAGGAUCAUCUUUAUUGAUCCAGUGUUACUAUACAGGAGAAUUUAAAACCUAUAAACUAUACUAACUUUAUUUACUGUAGCUGGAUAGCUUUAUCAGUUCUAAAAUGUUCUCCCAGAGUCUGGAAGGGCCAGUGAUUGAUUCAGCACUUUGAGAAAACCUAGCUGAGGUGUUUGGUUGAGUCUGUAUAUAACUACUCACAAUUAGGCUUAAAUGAUGACAAAAUAUUUUUAUUUAAGGAUGAGGUCAAGGAUGAGGUCGAAGGACCAGUUGAACCACGGGUUGAACAACGUAUCAAUACCAAACCAGGUGAGAAGUUGACUCAAUUUCGGUUUUAGUUGCAAACAAACAAACUACUAGUACACACGUAAAAAUCUCACAACUUGUCAACAAGAUGUGUUCACAACCGACUUGUAGAAAAUUUGUCAACAAGUUGUAACAAUGCUGUUAUUUUAUCAAGUUGCUACAAGCUUGUCACUUACAACUUGUUAACAAAUUGUUGUAGAUAAAAAUUUCAAAGCCCAUCUAAUCUUGCUAAAUUUAUUUCAUGACCCACCCACCCAAUCUAAAUUGCAUGGGAAAAUACAAUUUUAUAAUAAAAAGGUAUGAACUUUGUAAAUGCACACAACUGUAUUGACAUACAUAAUUCCAUUAAGCUUGACCAACACAUUUAUUACCAAUUACGAUACUGAGCUGCUCUCCAGCUGGUUGUAUUUGCUGUGAUUCGACCACUUCUUGUUGUUGUAUAAAACAAAGUACUGGCUUCAAUAGCAUCAUUUGCAUUUGAUAAUUUGGAUAGUUUUGUUUACUUUUAUUAUUAAUAUCUUUAUGUAAUAUAUAACUAACAUGGGGUUUUGUUUGGUGGCCCAACCAUGGACAUACCAAAAAAUUGGCGGCCCAUCGAAACUGCCCAAAGAUUUUCCAUGGCACAUCCCAAGUCACUCCAGCCCACCCUAGCAGUUACUUUGUGACCAGUCCCUAAUUGUACAAUGAGUAUUAAUUAUUAAAAACUGUGUCUUUGUAUAAGAGACUUGAAAUUAGACAAGGUCCCUGCCUUUUUAAUUCGAUCUGGAAGAUUGUUAUAAAGCAGUGAUCCCGAGUAUAUAAAAGAUCUCUUGCCCAGACUAAGAUUUGGUUUAGGUAAGUGCAAAUCAUCUUUCCUUCUAGUAUUAUAA